CUGGAUCGCAAAGUUGUCGGGAUUGGCACCGUUGGUUGCAGGCUGCUGCUGUGGGGAGUUGCUGAUAGCAGACGGGGACAUUGCCACUCAGAAGGUAUAUGGGGGUGGAUUUCUGGGGAAACCGGGUUGUAUAUGUGCCUGUUAAAGCGAGAUGUGGUGACCAAACUCGAGGUCUUGAAGGGUGGAAGAUGGUGUAUUGAGAAUAGUGCCUAGAUUCAGAUUUGCUCAGUGGCUUGAAAGAUUCGAAUGGCAUGUAUAUAUAUACAUAUGGCCCAUGGUGGGCAGCACGGGCUUAUGAAUCUUGUAAAGCUCUUCCAGCGCAUCUCCACCAGCAGUCACCUCUGCCAUCGGAUUCUAACGGCCCAAGUUGAUUCAGAGUUUCGAGGCGGCUUAUGCUGGGCCUUCAAACACUCGCUGCGUAACAGGGCAGUGUGUUCAUCCCCCCCGGCCAGCUCGGAGCACAAAUGCACGAGGCCUGUUAGACAGCAGCUAUGGCAAAAACCCGCGCUCUCACUGGUCGUUGCCGUUGACGCCUCGUUUCUGCUGCGGGGCCUUGCCACGAUCAUCAAUGCGACCUUGAAUCUCCUUGCUGCGAACGGUCCCAAACGCCGUAGCGCCGGGAGUCAGAAGCCGUGCGGAAUCAGGCCGCGCCGGCGGUGGAAACCGAGGAGAACCGACAAUGGCCGCCCCGCCCUGAGCCCGGCUUUGCUUCCGCCCGCCACCACCUCAGACGGAUGACAGCAUGCGGGCGCGCGAGCAGAGUCGCAAGCCGAUCGAUCUUGGAUGAGAUAAGGACCAAAAUAUUCCGCUUACUGUCAAAGAUCCGCUAGCUGCCGAAGCAAACGGUCUGCCCAGCGGCGAGUCACUUGACACGGCUACUGUAGGUAAUGCUCCCCAUUGUAGACCAUCU